UGUGGGGACUGUGUCUCUGAGCUAGGUGGUUAGCCUUCCCUGUCAAAGCCACAACGUACACACUGUGGUGGGGACUAAAGGUUUUAGGAACCAAUGACUGGAUUAGACUGAUACCUGCUGCUCAUCACUGCAAAGAUGUCAAAGAGGCCAUCCUAUGCCCCUCCCCCUCCCCCUGCCCCUACAACUCAAAUGCCCAACACUCCCGGGUUUGUGGGGUACAACCCAUACAGCCAUCUGGCCUACAACAACUACAGACUGGGAGGGAGCCAAAGCAGCAACAGUCGGGUAACGAAUUCUUCAGGAAUAAACAUCCCAAAGCCACCGAAGCCACCUGAUAAGCCAUUGAUGCCAUACAUGAGAUAUAGUCGUAAGGUUUGGGAUCAAGUAAAAGCCUCCAAUCCUGAUCUGAAGCUAUGGGAAAUUGGGAAGAUAAUCGGUGGCAUGUGGAGGGACCUCACUGAUGAGGAGAAACAGGAUUAUUUGAAUGACUACGAAGCAGAGAAGAUUGAAUAUAAUGAGAGCAUGAAGGCCUAUCACAACUCGCCAGCCUACCUGGCCUACGUCAAUGCAAAAAGCCGCGCCGAGGCAGCUCUGGAAGAGGAAAGCCGCCAGAGGCAGUCCAGACUUGACAAGGGUGAGCCUUACAUGAGUAUUCAGCCAGCGGAGGAUCCAGAUGAUUAUGACGAUGGGUUUUCCAUAAAGCAUUCAGCUGCAGCUCGUUUCCAGCGCAACCACCGUUUGAUCAGUGAGAUCCUCAGUGAGAGCGUAGUCCCAGAUGUGCGAUCAGUUGUUACCACUGCUCGCAUGCAGGUCCUCAAACGCCAGGUCCAGUCUUUGAUGGUGCACCAGAGGAAGUUGGAGGCAGAGUUGCUUCAGAUUGAAGACCGCCACCAGGACAAGAAAAGAAAAUUCAUUGAAGCCACAGAGUCGUUCACGAACGAGCUCAAAAGGCUGUGCUGUAUGAAAGUGGAAGUGGACAUGGAGAAGAUUUCUGCAGAGAUUUCUGCAGCAGAAGAGGCAGCCCGCAAACGGAUGGCAGAACGUGAGAAGGAUGCAGGAGACCGAGGUGCUAGAGAGGCCCCCACCUGCGUCUUAGCAGAAGAAGAAAAACAUGUCUGCGCAACACAUGGCAACAAGUCCCAGCAAAAUUCUCUCAGUGAAAGUAGCAACAAGGAAGGCGAGGACACAGAGUCCAAUCCCACAGAUACACCAGGGAAGCAGAAGGCCUCAGAGGAACUUGAGGCUCAUCCAGGCAGUGAGGAGGGGGCGUCCGAAGACAAGGAAAGUGUCCCAGAGGGAGCCAUGGAGGAGGGAACCAGUGACAGUAACACAGGCUCUGAGACCACCUCUGCUCAGACAGAAGAUGCCCCGACUAGUGAACCAUCAGAGGGGCCCAGCAGGGCAAGAUCAGCCCACUGAGUCCGACACCUGACUGCUUCUGAACUCACUACGCAAAUGAAGACUGGCUACAUGAAAAAAAGCUGUUCACAAGAAACAAACAUUGUUCAGUGUUAUAUUUAACUUUGUCCUUUGUAUUGUAGUGUCAUUGUUGCUUUUAUCGUUAUUUUUGCAUGUUGUAAUUUUUAAAAAUAAGUUGGCAUACUUGUGAAGAGUGGAGCUGGGUGACCAUCUCCUUGGCAGGAGAAUAUUUGUUUACUAUCUGUACCAGUAUUACAGUGACCGUAUUGUCUCAGGAGUUUGUAGUCACUAGUAGUAGUUAUUUUUGUUAUUUAUUAUCAGCAUUUUUAUUAUACUUGUGUAUUGGUUGUCCUGGGGCCUGGCCUGGUCCAUCUAUGCGCAUAUAUCACAUGAUCAUCAAUGCUGUACAAAGCUCAACUACCGGUGUUCUCAAGUUUGCUAGCUGUCAAUCAAAUCAAAAGCAGUACGCUUAGAACAUUUCUGUGUUAUGGUCAAUAUUGCAAUUUUCAGCAGAAAACUUUUAAAUGUACCGUAAUUGUGUACACAGUGUUACGAGGUUUGCUUAAACAUGGAUUUUCAUGUUGUCGUAAAACAUCUUUAAGAACAGUCAUAAACACGCAGUCUUAAAAUGAAUUUUCUUUUGCAUAUUUAUACCAAUAAACUUUUCUACCCUAAACAAG